AUGUCAGACAUGGAUCACUUAUUAGCAAAGAAAGCAGCUGAUCGAUACGUGAAACGUCAAGUUCUUAGGGAAGGUACUUAUGGCGUCGUCUACAAAGCCAUUGAUACCAAGACGGGGCAAACCGUUGCAAUAAAGAAAAUCCGGCUUGGGAAGCAGAAGGAAGGGGUGAAUUUUAUUCCUCUAAGAGAAAUCAACCAAGAACAAAUUGGUUCUCCUUCUUGUGUAUACCUGCAACAAAACAAGAAGGAGCUUCAUGGAAUCCCCCUUUCCCUCCCGACCACACAACAACCCCAACACCACCAGUCGUCUCGCACAGCUCCACCACCAUCUUCCUUCCAUUAUUGUGACCGGAAAAGAAAGAGAAGAAACAACUGGAUUAAACUUGCCACGACCCUCUCAACCCACCCUUGGCCUCCCUCGCUGUUACAGAACACCACCAAGACCGACGAGACCCCCCACUACUUCCAUUCUUCUUUCUCUCUUCGGUCCAACCAAGCACCACCGUCGAAGUACCUCCACCUGAGUCGAGGUUUGUCGGCGAUCAAGAGGGCGAUGACCCUCUUAAGUUUCCCUGUGCUCCUAGUCGGCUCCAUAGCAUCAAACACCCCCGAAAUCGUCGUCGAUCUGCCCUGUUCCUUCCCCUCUCGUGAUGUGCUCACUGAUCGACCCGUUCGUUUUCUCAUUCCCGAUCAGACGACGAUUAAGCCCACAAGGGUCGCCGGAGAUCGACACCCGUCCCUCCCCUCGUGA